GAACUGCAUGACAUCAUGCGUCGACGGUAGCAACACACGGUAGCAACAUCGCGUGUUGAAAUGGAUUCUUGUCUGCUGCAAAAACACUAAUCCACAAGCUUGUACUUUGCGUGACGUAUCAAUUGUAAAAUGAAAAAGAAGCAUGGCAUUAUGAAGCGGCCUGGCGGAAGCGGAGGAGGCGGCGGGCUUUUGGACCGACUGCUCGUGCCUCGUAUCGAACAGUAUGCGGUUAGCAAUAAUUACACAGAGGUCGACGAGGUCGUCGAGCACCUGCGUAAAACAUACCGGGAGUACCAGCGGCGCCAACUCGGGCCCUUUCGCUCCAUGGUGACGCGCGCUAUCGGCAUACUGCAGCGGAAAGGAGAGCAGAAGGGUACGGAGCUGCAGCUGCAGAGCCUGGAGCAGAAGCACUUGUCUGGCCGCCGAGCGGCCGGGAAGGGCGACGGCCCCAGCAGCAGCAGCGGCAGCAGCCAGGACGAGGACGGCGGGCACGGCAGCAGCAGCGACGACGAGGGCGGCAGCAGCAGCAGCGGCGCCGACGACGGCUCCAAAAAGUCAAACGCUACCGGUUCGGGCUCGGAAUCUGGAUCCGAAGACAGCGACAGCAGCGACCCGGAGCUGGACCCCCGCGAGGCCGCGGCGCUGGCCAACACCGCCGCCUGCCCGCCAGGCCACAUGAACAACACGCUCCUUAACAUGUACGCCCGCUCCACCACGCCCACGGGCGCGGGGGCUGCGGAAGGCGCUGCGGAGGGGGCGGCUACGACCGCGGAAGGCGGGGGGCCUGUGGCGGCGUUCGCACCGCCGGCGGUCAUCGCUGCGGCUGCGGCCCGGGCGCUCGCAAAGGAGAAGGCGGAGCGGGAGGCGAAGAAGGCCGGCGGUGGCGGCGCUGCCGCGGGCUCGAGGUCCGCCGCUGGCGACGAGGACGGGCCGUCGACCAGCGGACGGGCUGGGGCAGCUGCUGCUGUAGUUACGCCAGCUCCGGCUGUGAAGACAUCUGCGGCGGCAGCGGUGCUGCCCGCAUCGGCGCCGCCGGCUGUGGCCCCCGCGGCUGCGGCAGGUGGGCCGAAACGACAGCGCGAGGAGGGGGGCGGCAAAGGCGGUCCUGGAGGAGAUGGAGGAGCGCCGGACACGGGUGGGCAGGGCAUGCCCAAGUCGGCCGCCAAGCGGGCAAGGCGGCUGAUGCAGGGUGGCGGUGGAGGCGGCGGCGGGGCUUCCCGCAUGGGCGGCGGCGGGGCUGGUGGCAGCAGCGCGGUGACAGCGGCCAAGCCGGUGACGUAUGCGGACCUGGGCGGUGUGGAGGAGGUGCUGGCUGACAUUCGGGAGCUCAUCGAGUACCCACUGCGCCAUCCCGAGGUGUACGCCUGGCUGGGGGUGGAGCCGCCGCGGGGUGUGCUGCUGCACGGCCCGCCCGGCUGCGGCAAGACGGCGCUGGCCAACGCCAUCGCCAACGAGUGCGGCGUGCCCUUCCUGCGGGUGUCUGCGCCCGAGAUUGUGAGCGGCAUGAGCGGCGAGAGCGAGGCCAAGCUGCGUCAGCUGUUUAACGAGGCGCGCGAGCUGGCGCCCUGCAUCGUGUUCAUCGAUGAAAUCGACGCCAUCUUCCCCAAGCGCGAGACGGCCCAGCGCGAGAUGGAGAGGCGCAUCGUGGCGCAGAUGCUAACGUGCAUGGACGACCUGGCCGCGCCGCCGCCGCCUCCCGGGGAGGUCAAGGAGGCGGGCAAGGACGGCGCGGAGGAGGACGGCGCCGGUGAGGAGGGCGGCACCGCACCGCGCGCCUCGCCGCACGUGGUUGUGAUUGGAGCCACCAACCGCCCCGACUCGCUGGACACGGCACUCAGGCGCGCUGGCCGCUUUGACCGGGAGAUCUCGCUCGGCAUUCCCACGGAGGCGGCGCGUGUCAAGAUCCUGCAGGUGCUGGCCCGGCGCCUGCGCCUGGAGGGCAACUUCGACUUCCGCGCCGUGGCCAAGCGCACACCGGGCUACGUGGGCGCCGACCUGGCCGCACUGAUGAAGGAGGCGGCGGCGGUGGCGGUCAGCCGCAUCUUCACGCGGCUGGAGGCGGCCCGCGUGGCGUCGGCAGCAGCAGCAGCAGCAGCAGCGCCAGCUACGGCAAGCGCCGGCCUAUCGACACCGGCAGCAGGUGCAGUGGCGUCGGACACGGCAGGAAAGCCGGAGGAGGCUGUGAAGGCGGACAACGCGACGGAAGCUGGUGCAGACAAGGAGUCUGCAGCGGCGGUGGCGGAAGCUGCGGCACAGCUGGAGCCGCAGGCAAACGGACCUGCCGCAGGCGCGGAUGCGGAGAUGACGGAGGCGGAGGUGGCGCAGGCGGCAGGGGCUGCGCUGCUGGCCGCGGACGUUGCGGCUUUCAGCGGCGCCGGGUUUGGGCUGGGGCCGCUGGGGCCGGCUGAGCUGGCGGGCCUGGCCAUUACCAUGUCGGACUUUGAGGCGGCGCUGCCCAAGGUGCAGCCCAGCGUGCGGCGUGAGGGCUUCACCACCACCCCGGACGUCACGUGGGACGACGUGGGCGCGCUGGCGGAGGUGCGCGAGGAGCUGUCAUUCGCGGUGACGGAGCCGAUCAAAUGGCCCGAGCGCUUCGAGGCCCUGGGGCUGCCGGCGGCCAGCGGCGUGCUGCUGUACGGCCCUCCUGGCUGCGGCAAGACGCUGGUGGCCAAGGCGGUGGCGAACGAGUCGGGCGCCAACUUCAUCAGCAUCAAGGGCCCGGAGCUGCUGAACAAGUACGUGGGCGAGUCGGAGCGCGCCGUGCGGCAGCUGUUCGCCCGCGCUCGCGCCGCGCACCCCUGCGUGCUGUUUUUUGACGAGCUGGACGCACUGGCGCCGCGCCGCGGCACCGACAACAACCAGGCAGCGGAGAGGGUUGUGAACCAGCUGCUGACGGAGAUGGACGGCGUGGAUAGCCGCCAGGGUUUGUUCAUCGUGGCCGCCACCAACCGGCCCGACAUGAUUGACCCCGCAUUGCUGCGGCCUGGUCGCCUGGAGAAGGUGCUGUACGUGCCGCUGCCGCCGCCACAGGACCGGGCGGCCAUCCUGAAAGCGCAGGUUCGCAAGACGCCGCUGGAGCCGGAUGUGGACCUGGCGGCGGUGGCGAUUGAUGGCCGCUGCGAGGGCUACAGCGGCGCGGACUGCGCGGCGCUGGUGCGCGAGGCGGCGGUGCUGGCACUCAAGGAGGCCAUGCGGGCGGGGCCGGACUGCGGCUCGCCGCGUGUGGGCGCUCGGCACUUCGAGGCGGCACUUGGGCGCGUGCAGCCAAGCGUCAGCCGAAAGGACAGGGCCUCCUAUGAGGCGCUGCGAGUCCGGCUGCGCGGCUCGCGCUCCGUCAUACAGCCAGCAGCGGCCGUGGUUGAGAUGCCGCCCUCCGGCGCAGCAGGGGGUACGGGGGAGGCAGCCGUGAAGGCGGGAGGUGCUGGGGCUGGUAAUCCGCCGCUGUACGCACCUAACGGGUCCGAGAUGGCGGACGGCUAGUGGGCAACUGGGUGCAUGUAGAGGAGCAAGCCGGGUAUACGUUUGUACAUAGUUCCUGGGCGGAUGCACUUUAGGCAUAUUUGGGCGACCCAUGCAGCUGAGGACGGGCAUUGAAGGUCGUGGAACAGCAUUCUUGCUAAUGUGUGUGCGAUGGGACAGUGUCAAGGCAGGUUGGUGAAGUCCCGCAGGGUGCAGCUGAUUCCCAGACCCCAGAAGAUGGUAAACAAUUUGCGACGGCAGGGCAGGAGUGCGCGGCUGGUCGAACGCCGGAGUUACUGCUUGCCGGAGUGUGAGGAAGCGCCGCGGGUUGGAAUGGGGAAUAUCGCGGCUGAGUUUCGGGGUAGGGCUGCAUCGCGCGCCCUCAGGACCGAGUGCGGUUUAGCGACUCCCCGGUCACGGGAAAAGGGGCUGAGCCCCUCCACAGUCUGAGGCCGAACAACCUCACCGCCCGGACAUAGCCGGGGUCAAGGCCGGGGUCGGUUUCCACAGGCACAUAGCCAAACCGGUGC